AUUUUUAAGACAACUACCGUACACGUCAACGCGAUCGUAUUCUAUGUACAUAUUAAGAUAAGAGGAAAUUAUCUUUUAACUAAUCCCUCGUGAAUGUAAUUUUAAUUUCAUUACUUGUAUCUCCGAUGGCUUCUCCGAUAGCGCUUGCUGUGAUCCAAUAAAAAACUAUUUGCUUUUUUGGAUCGGUGCAAGCGCUACAACCUCAACUGGUGGAGGUGCCCUUAGAGAAUUUUCCAAAAAUUUGGUUAAAUUGAAUUCGUUGUUGAUGAGAACUCUUUUUAUUCCAAUAUUUCUGUAGAACUCGCAUUGGUGUCAGUUUCACAUUUUAGCGAUUGCUAUUUGUGCGAUAUUCUGUUAUAAUCUUUGGUUUAUUUUCAUCCACCCACGCUCCAUGAUACGAUACGAAAUGUUCAUGAGGAACUUUGAUUGAAAUUCCAUUUUUAUUCAUAGCUGAUGAAAAAUGGAAAAUUGUUUGCGACUUAAAGUUGAAUUUAUGUGAAAUUUCCAGUUGGGUUCACACACAAAAAUAAGAGUUAUUUAUUUAACUUAUAAAAAAUGAUGUAUUGAGCAAUUAUUUUUGUGUCGAAACAUAAAUUUUGAAUUUUUCUGCGUUUAAAUUUUGAACGGACGAACGACAAAAACGUCGUGAAGAAGCGACAUGGCAACGGCGGACGAAACACACCUAGAAAAAAAAAAAACAUAAACAAAGGUAAGCAGUUUUUCCUGAUGCGUGCGGUGAGUCGUCUUCUUUAUCAUGAACUUCCGUACGUCGUCAUCAUCCUGUCACGCUCCGAGAGACUUGCUUAAGAGUCGAGCAGCUGUAGUGCUAAUAAAAGCUCACCACAAAAAUAAUGUCGGGCGUGCCAGAUAUUUUGUCUGAAGUCGCACCCAGGAGAAACUAUUUCCUCGGUUUAGAUUUCAGCACUCAACAGUUGAAAGCAGUUGUAGUCGAUGAGAAGCUAAAAGUCCUUCAUGAAGCAGCUGUCAAUUUUGACCGAAACCUACCUGAAUACAGGACAAGUGGCGGAGUUAAGAAAAAUGGAUCAACCAUCACCGCCCCAACAGUCAUGUGGGUAAAAGCACUUGAUUUGUUGAUGGAUCAAUUGAAAAUUACUGGUUUGGAUUUUCAAGAUAUCUCAGCAAUCUCUGGAGCUGGUCAACAACAUGGAAGUGUUUAUUGGCGAAAGGGAGCUGAGAAGGUUUUGAGUACUUUAGACCCCACUAAAUUCAUGUUCCUUCAAUUGGCCAACUGCUUCAGUGUGCAAGACUCACCAGUAUGGAUGGACUCUAGUACUCAAAGUUAUUGUGAGACAAUGGAAAAAAAGCUUGGUGGCCCUCAGAAAUUGGCUGACCUGACUGGUUCGAGGGCUUACGAAAGAUUCACGGGGCAUCAAAUUGCGAAAGUUUUGACUGAGAAAGCAGAACUUUACUUCAAUACAGAGCGAAUUUCUUUAGUCAGCAGUUUCGGAUGCUCCCUUUUUCUGGGAUCUUACAGCCCCAUCGAUUGGUCUGAUGCGUCAGGAAUGAACUUACUGGACAUCAGUUCAAAAGACUGGGAUUCGCAGUGCCUUCACAUGUGUGCUCCUGAUUUAAAGGAGAAACUGGACAAACCAGUCGUUGCCCAUACAUGUCUUGGACCCAUUUCAUCCUACUUUGUUGAGCGGUAUAGCUUCGACCCAAGUUGCCAGGUCGUAGCCUUUACGGGAGAUAAUCCUGCUUCCCUAGCCGGAAUGUGUUUGGAAGCGGGAGACAUCGCCAUUAGCCUGGGAACGAGUGAUACAGUCUUUCUCUGGCUCAGCGGGAAACCUACACCUUCGCUGGAGGGCCACGUCUUUUGCAACCCUGUUGAUCCAGAUGCAUACAUGGCCUUGUUGUGUUUCAAAAACGGCUCGUUGACUCGCGAGAGGAUCCGAAAUGUCUACGCAAACCGAUCGUGGGAUCAAUUUGACGCUUUGCUGGCUUGCACGCCACCAGGGAAUCACGGUUACGUUGGCAUGUUUUUCGACGAGAAAGAGAUCACGCCCAAGAUUCAAGGGACAUUCCGGUUCAACGCAUCCGAUCAAAGAAUCAACGCAUUCGAAGAACCCGCCACGGAAGUUCGGGCUCUCGUUGAGGGACAACUCUUGGCUAAACGGGUUCACGCCGAACGACUGGGAUUCAGUACAGGUGAAAGCUGUCGAGUGUUCGUCACGGGUGGUGCAUCAAACAACAAGUCCAUUUUACAAGUUUUAAGCGACGUGUUCAAUGCACAUGUUUACACUCAGGAUACGGCCAAUUCAACAUGUCUGGGUUCGGCCUACCGGGCAGCCCAUGGAUUGGCUGUGAAAGAAUCUGACGUGUUCAUUCCAUUCAACGAGUUCAUGGCUGAUCGUCGGCCAAAUUUUUCUCUCCUCUGCCGUCCUAGACUUGAAGCAGCUCAGCUCUACGACUCCAUGGCUGCCCGCUACGCUACGCUGGAAUCUUCCGUCUUAACCCAGCUAUGAAACAAUGCAAAAAGAUGUUUUCCCAUACGUACAUCACACGCUUUUUAACGUUUUUGAAUUUACAAAGAUUAAUAAUAGCAACAAUACUGUCCAUGCAAGUCCAGCUUGUACAAACUCAACUAGAGAUGAAGAGUUUUACUAAUUUAUAUUUAACAUAAGCAAAUAUCUAAUAUUUCAAAAUGUUGUUAACUUGUUAUCAUUCACUCCGUGAAAAUCAAAACCACUGACCAAGGACAUUGUAUUAUCUGUUUAAUUUUUCUCGGAACUUUAUCGCACAGUCUACGCAUUUCUUAUUAGCACGUAUACCAGUUAUGUCGUCUAAUAAGAAAACGACUAAAAAUUAAAUCCUGUUUACUCUGAA